AACACAACACACAACUCUUCGCAAGUUGAACGACGCCGUUACUACCAUGCCUCCCAAAGCAUCAGGAAAGGCUGCCAAGAAGGCUGGCAAGGCUCAGAAGGCCAUAACCAAAGGGGACAAGAAGAAGAAGCGGAGGAGGAAGGAUAGCUACUCCAUCUACAUCUACAAGGUGCUCAAGCAGGUCCACCCCGACACUGGCGUGUCCUCCAAGGCUAUGUCAAUCAUGAACUCUUUCGUGAACGACAUUUUCGAGCGCAUCGCUGCCGAGGCAUCCCGCCUGGCACACUACAACAAGCUCUCCACCAUCACCAGCCGGGUGAUCCUGACUGCCGUCCGUCUCCUUCUGCCUGGCGAACUGGCUAUCAAUUGGUGCAUUUAUACAUAA